AUGAACAGGACUGAUCUGGUCGGAAAGUUGUCAGAAAGCAGCUCAGUAUCUAAAGGGCCUUUUGGUUGUGUGGAGCCUGACGACUGUGGACAAGAAAUGCCGGACUCUGGUCACUGGACCAAACUUGAUCCUGAAGUGAACAGUACUGAUGGAGAUGAGUCUCCUACAUACAGCCUACAGAGUGAAGUAGGAAACGGUUUUGAAUGCAAUGUCUCCGGCAUUCGCUGGAUCUGUAAGGAUAAGGUCAGCUUUCAGUACAAGUUUUGCUCUUGGGAGGAACACAUUGAGAGGAUGGAAAGCUUGAAAUACUUGCCUGCAGGUCCUCUAAUGAACAUCAAAGUCAUUGCUGGAAAGUUUGAUGAAGUGUACCUGCCACACUGGAUCUGCAUAGACGGCAACACUGACAUAUUAGGAGAGUUUGCCGUCCUCCACAUCGAUGACUGUGGGGUUCUGAUCAGAGUUGGUGCGCGUGUGAAAACACGCUGCAGCGUGUUGAUAUUUAAGAACAACAAAGCAUUCCUCAAGCUCAAUGUUUAUCUGAUCCCGUGUGAUCCUGGUCUUCGACAGGAAAUUCUCAAGAUUGAAUCAACCAACGGAAACAAAGAAAUUCGAAAACCACCUGAAUAUAAGCACUUGAGAAUGAAGGAUCGUUUUAUCCUAUCAACCGAUAUGGAUGGUGCAGCAAUUUGUCCCAAAGAAGUCAAGCUCAAAUAUGAAUUCACCGAUCCACAGUACUUUCAAGUAUGCAUAAGAAAUCCAGACACAGACUUCAUCCUCAAGCUUACAAAAAAAAAAGAGAGUACACCAGUGUGGACCCGCACAAUUGACGAAGAUGAUUACCAAAGCAAUUCCCAUGCACCAGAUGAUUACCAAGGCACUUCCCAUGCACCAGAGGUGCACUUUGUGGAUAAACACCAGUGUGACCUGAAAGCAAGGGUGAACAAUAUUGGACCAAUAUUGGAUAAGCUACUGGAAAAAGGUGUAAUCCGUCAAGAAGUUUAUGAUAAAAUAAGAGAUACCCCAACCACUCAGGAGAAGAUGAGGAAGCUCUUUCGUGGUCCCCUAAAAUCUGGAGGACAAAAAGCAAAAGACGUCUUCUACCAAAUCCUUGAGGAGGAGGAGUCAUAUCUUGUGGAUGAUCUCAAAAGGAAGGAGUCUGGAGCGGGAGCAAUCUGGAAUUAAGUGUCUUGCCCAAGUACUCAUCGGACAUGUUGCUCAGGAGCUGCGGAUCGAACCGGUUGAGAGAAGACCGUCUUUACCAAUGAACCACAUUCAGGAAAAGAAAAGUGUUUUUUGCCAGUGACCAAAAGACUGCAUAUCACAUUUCAAUACAAGGCUUCAGAUUUAAUUAAGGACAUACAAUGAAAGAUGGCUGAGUUAUCUUUCAGAAAACUGAAGCUAUAAUCAGCUGUCUCUCCGCAAACACAGCAAGACUCCUUCAUACUAAAAAAAAGUAUAUUCAAAUGUAGUGUUGUAGUCAUGACCGCUCUAACCGAGACCAAGAAUACCCGAGACGAGAAUACUCCGAGAAGAACAAGACAUUUAAGGAUCGAGACUGAGUCCAUAACCAAGACCAAGGCAGGUCGAGACCGAGACAAGAACUCGACCAUAAAUAUCAAUGAAAAAUCAUUAUCUUGUGUGCAGGGGGACAUGCCACUAAUUUAGACCGUUACACUGGGAAGGUCUGGAGUCCGCCUUGUCUGAUACCGAGACAAGACCGAGCCAAAAUGCUUGCGAUUCCUACACGAGAUCAAGACCUCUACCGUUCAAGUAAUACAACACUGUUCAUAUGUAUAUCCACAUUUUAACCUUCCACGAUUCUGCAUAUAGAACCUUGUUUUUAAAAUUUUUGGAACAAAUAAUAAUUUUUUUAAUGAA